AUGAAACCUGGCAGCCUCCUCCCCUUCAUGGUGCUCCUUGCCCUCCAAAUCCUCAAAUCCUGGGCUGUGGAAGAUCCUAGCAAAGAAAACACCAAGCACGGAGACUGCCCCUUCACACCUCCUGUGAUGUGCCUUGUGUUUGAACCCCCUCAGUGCCAGAGUGACUGGCAGUGUCCAAAGGAGCAGAAAUGCUGUCGUGAAUAUUGUGGCAUCAAAUGUGUGGAUCCUGUAGACCCAUCAAAGCCUGUUAAGGUCAAUCCUGGGAAGUGUCCAGUGGUCACUGAGCAGUGCAAGGGGCCCAACCCCAGGGACUUCUGCCUGAAUGACGGCCACUGCCUUUAUGGUCUCAAGUGCUGCAAGGGGGUAUGUGGGAAUUCCUGUGUUGAGCCAGUGAAAGAUAUAUUCUUGCCAGUUCAACAAGAUUAGGACUUCCCGGUACAUGUGGUCUGAGGAUUCCUUUGUUCCCCAAGCCCAAGAAAAAGGGAAGUGUCUUGAUACAGGUGUGGCUCCAUGACAAACACCUCCAGGGUGCUAAGGUUGGGUCUGUUUUAUCCGUGUAUGCCCAGCAUCCAACGUGAGGCUUGGCACACAAGAGGAAAUGACAGUUCGUUAGUGAAUAAAUAAAGACCCAAUGUUUUCUUUGCA